AUGAACUCAAGAAUAUUACUACGUCAAUCAUCUCGAGCUCUAAGCUCUACUAUUCGCAACCCAGCUGCAAGACAGCCAUUGCGGUCGCAAUUCCACAAUAAUACUCCGCUGGCAGCGCAAGUUGUGUCGAGGCAAUUCCAAGGAAGAAGAUUUUAUGCUACAGAGCCAGAGGCCAAGAAAGAUGAGCCCGAAGCAGAGAAGAAGGAAGCAGAGGUAGAGGACCCAACGAAGAAGGCCCUAGAGGCGAAAGAUAAGGAGAUUCUUGAUUUAAAGGACAAGCUCCUUCGCUCAAUCGCUGAUUUCCGCAACCUCCAAGAGCGAACAAAACGAGAUAUGCAAGCUGCUAAGGACUUUGCCAUUCAAAAAUUCGCCAAAGAUCUCGUCGACAGUGUCGAUAACUUAGAUCGAGCCCUUACCACUGUUCCUGCAGAGAAGCUCUCCGUUCCUGCGGAAAAGCGUAAUGAGCAUCAACAAGACUUAAUUACUUUACACGAGGGCUUGAAGAUGACCGAGGAUAUUCUUAUGUCAACAUUGAAGAAGCACGGUUUAGAGAGAUUCGAUCCUUCAGUUGAGAGCGAGAAAUUUAACCCAAAUGAACAUGAGGCUACCUUCAUGACUCCUAUGCCAGGGAAAGAGGACGGAACAGUUUUCCACACCCAACAAAAGGGAUUCAAGCUCAAUGGAAGAAUUUUGAGAGCUGCUAAGGUUGGAGUUGUCAAGAACCCUUGA